GACGUCAGGCGCGGAGGCCGCCAUUUUGGAUCGGAGAGAGUGCUGUUGGACGGAUUGAGGCGCCCGGCGGGAGAGCCGUUAUCUUCCGUUCGCUUCCCUUUUCCCCCCUUCUAGCCGGUAACAUGUCCGAUAAGUACAUAGGAGACUCGCACCUGGAAGAGACCGGCGAGGAAAAGCAGGACUCACAAGAAAAGGAAGCGGUGACUCCUGAAAAAGCAGAGGAGCAGAAAUUGAAAGCCAAAUACCCUAAUUUAGGACAAAAACCUGGAGGUUCAGAUUUCCUGAUGAAAAGGCUUCAAAAAGGACAAAAGUACUUUGACUCGGGUGACUACAACAUGGCAAAGGCCAAGAUAAAGAACAAACAGCUGCCAUGCGCAGGGCCAGACAAGAACUUGGUAACCGGAGACCACAUCCCUACGCCACAGGACCUUCCGCAGAGGAAGUCUUCACUGGUGACCAGCAAGCUAGCGGGGCAUGUCGAGGACUUGCACCACGUGUAAAGAAAGUGACGCCAACGCAGUGGUGCUCCCCGGACGCUGUUACGUCGGUCAACAGAACGAACAACGCGAAACCUUUGAAGGGCGGACAAUCACCACUCAACUUGUCGAAGGAAAGGCCUUCUUGCAUGGAAAGGGGCACCCAUGCACCCGCAGAACUUUAUAACCAGAACGUGUAAGAUAAAUGACUUUGUGAAAUCCGCUACAUCUCCUGUACGAUUCGGCAACUGGAUGGAUGUACAGAGGCUUCAGACCUCACGGCUUGUGAUUUAUUUUGAAGCUCUCUCGGAAGAGUUUUGUGCUACGUCUCCAUCACUGCCCUGAUUGGGAACUUCAUUAAGUGGCUCAUACCACAAUCCAGAAGCCAGUCCUACAUUAACUGCUGUCUUUCAUCCCAUAUGCUGUAAAGUGGAGAUUUGCCUAAACCCUGAACAGGGGAUAUAGAAAAUUAGGACACGUUUCGGCUAUCCCAAUUAAAAAAUAUCGUUAAUAGCCUGCUAAAUUCGAUACAUAUCACGCAUUCGUUUUGCCCUAGAUUUCAGUUAAAAUAACUGACGUAGAGCCUGUGAACAUAUAUUAAAUGGAAAUUAAAAUCUGCUCUGCUUUAUCAUCAUCCAAUGUGCAUAUGCCAAGGACAUCAAGUGGAGACAAGCCACCGCGGAAUUUCAGAUUGCGCAGAAAUAUUAGAAUAUUAGCCUUAUUCGCUAAUUAUUGAGAAGCAGUACUCUCGUUUAAAAAUCAUUAACCUUUGUAGUCAAAUAUAAAAAGGUCCCCAACGCGUGUGACCGAACCACCGAAUCCUUCGUGAAGGAUUUGUCUGAAUACUGAAGCCAAUCCUAAUUUGCAUAUUAAAAUUAGGGGUGGGAUGGGAAAACAUUUUUUACUUCCUUGUUUUGUGACAAAAAGUCAAACAAUUUCCCUUCUGUCUCUAAUUUGCAUAUGCAAAUUAGGAUUCGUUUUGGCCGGGCAGAAGGAUUCAGCCAAAUUCGAAUCCUGCUGAAAAAGGCUGAAUCCCGAACCGAAACCUGGAUUCAGUGCAUCCCUAAUAUAUAAAUCCAUAAAUAAAUACAACAUGUAGUCAAAUCCGAAGAGUUGUUUGCUCUUGGUGGUGACACCAAGGGGCAGAUUUAUCAAGGGUCGAAUAGUAAAUUCAAAUUUUCGAGUUUCAAAAAUUCACACAUUCGAAUUUUAAUCCCCCUAUUUGAAUGUGAGAUUUACUGUAUCACACCUCGACCCCUAAUACGAAUGUUCGCUGCCUAAAACCUGCCAAGUUCAUGUAGAAGUCAAUGGCAGAGGUCCGUUGAGCCAUUUGGAGAUGGUAAUAGCCUUCCUGACUUUCAAGAUUUUUUAUUUUUGGGAGAAAAACUCGAUCCAUAAGAAUCAAAUACGAUUCGAAUUUUUGGGUCGGAACUAUUCGAUUAAAGGGGUGGUUCACCUUGACGGUAACUUUUAGUAUGUUCUUGAAUGGCCAAAAAGCAACUUUAAAAUUGGUUUUCAUUAUUUAAUUUUUACAGUUAUUUGCCUUUUUCUUCGGACUCUUUGCAGCUUUCAAAUGGGCGUCGCUGUCCCCUUCUUAAAAAACAAGUGCUCUGUAAGGCUACAAAUAUAUUGUUAUUGCUACUUGGUAUUCCUCAUCUUUCUAUUCAGGCCUCUCCUAUUCAUAUUCCAGUCUCUUAUUUAAAUCAAUGCACGGUUGCUAGGGGAAUUUAGGGCAAUUUGCAGAGUUGCUGAAUCAAAAGCUAAAUAAUUAAAAAAAA